AACUUGCCCGACAACCCCACGUACAUCCCCCGCACCACACGCGCCUCAUAUAUGGGGAAGGCCAAGCGUCUAUACGCACACGGCUCCGACAACCGCCCACUUCGCUCUUUCAACGCGGAAACCCCCGCCUUCCCUUAUGUGAGGAACGAUUCGAGCCUGCUGAGUCGCGUUGAUGAAGAUCCAUACUUUACUGGACAGAUGGGCAUAGAUUCAAGACCGAGGUUGUCUAGCUAGCAUUCCAUUGGCUUGUGCGGAAUCGCGAGGUGAAUUGCUACUCCGUCAUUGGAGAAGCUUGCGGCGCGGACAGUCUGUGCGAUUUCAUGAAAUGAGGGGUAGGAUGAUGUUGAGGGGUUCAUGUAUUGACCUUUCUCUAGUCGUCGGGCUGUCACCUUUUUGAUCUGUUCACCUUCAUACUAAUCAACUUUGUAGCAAGCUCCUCGACUACCAAUCUCUCAAUAUGACAGAAGAAAAAGUCCAAACCUUUGACAUACCGAAAACAUGCAAAGCUGGUGUCGUAGUCAACGAGGGUCCAGACUUCCACGUUGAGGUGCAGGAUGUUCCAGUCCCAGAAUGUGGGCCGACGGACGUACUCAUCAAGCUGAAUGCAACCGGUAUCUGCCACAGCGAUCUUCACUUCAUGCUUAACGACUGGGCCCUACCCAAGAUGUCAGAUUUAGGAGUACGAUGUGCGGGACACGAAGGCAGCGGUGUCAUCGUCAAAGUCGGAGACCAGGUCAAGAAUUUGAAGCCGGGAAUGCGAGCUGGAUACAAGCCAAUUCAAGAUACUUGCGGCACAUGCGAGCUUUGUCGCAACGGCAACGAAUGCUACUGUGCAAAGGCAGUCUUGACUGGACUGAUGAUCGACGGCUCAUACAAGCAGUACAUCGUUUCGCCCGAACGUUACACAACCCUCGUCCCAGAUGGUGUAAACGACUACAUAGCUGGACCUAUCAUGUGCUCUGCUUCGACAAUCUAUACAUCAAUCAAGGAGUCACAGCUGCGGCCCGGAGACUGGGCCGUGUUCCCUGGUGCAGGCGGCGGCGUCGGUCUACAAGGUGUGCAGCUCGCGAAAGCCAUGGGUCUGCGCGCUAUAGCCAUUGAUACUGGCGAUGAUAAGCAAAAGCUCUGCAUGGAAACUGGAGGCGCAGAGCACUUCAUUGAUUUCAAGAAAACCGACAACGUAGGCGAGGAAGUGGUGCGGUUGUGUGACGGCAUCGGUGCCCAUGGCGUCUUCGUCACCGCCGUGCAGACCUAUCCGUCCUCGAUAUCCUAUCUGGGUAACCGUGUAGGCGGAAAGGUCAUGUGCAUUGGGUUGCCGCCGGCUGGUACUCAGCACAUCGACGUGGACCCGAACCAGAUGUGCUUCAGGAAACAGAGUGUACAGGGUACGCUCGUGAGCAGCAUGGCGGAUGUAGACAAGACGCUUGAUUUUGCGAAGCGAGGACUGUUGAAGCCUAUCUACACAGUGUAUCCGCUGAGCAAGUUCAACGAAGCCGUGCAGAAGCUGAAGCGGGGGGAGAUUGCUGGCCGGGCGGUUGUCGAUUUUAACCAGGAAGCAUAUGUCGAGGGCAUGUCCAGCUCGUCGCCAAAUCCGUCGUCCCGUGGACAGGCUGAAGCAUCGUCGAGGCGCACAUUGAACGGGAAGCAGCCGGUCGUGGAGGACGACGACAGCGAUGAAGAGGCGCUGCUGGCGGACGAUGCACUAGAACGCGACCUGCCCGAGCAGCUGUCUUUUAAGCGCAGGCCCAAGCCGUCUACAUCCUCCUUUGGCUUCUCGCGAUACCUCGCCUCACCCCUCGGAUCAUCUAGCAACCGCGCUUCGCCCCAGCCGCGAUCGCACCGCCCGAACGGCUCCACUGAGCUUAUACUCAACUAUCUCGACACGCCUGGCAACGCAGGCGAACACCUUCAAGACACCAAAGAUGCAAACGGGCUAGAUUGGUACGUGGAAGGGCCCGGGCGACGAGUCGGCUACGACGACCUUACAGCAAUCGACUGGAUCUUUGAAUACGCCAAAGAACGACAGAGGCUACGCUAUCUCUACACCGGCGCCAGCGGCGUACUUGGCCAUCUCAAGCAGUUGGCAGACGCAAGCCAGGUCUGGAUCAUCCUGGUCGCUGCCGGUAUACUGAGCGGCGGAAUCGCAGCCUUCAUCGAUGUGGCUAGUGAUUGGCUUGCAGACCUCAAGACGGGAUACUGCCACAAUGUUGAUGGAGACGGUCGCUUCUACCUGAACAAGAGCUUCUGUUGUUGGGGGAUCGAGGAAGAGCAGGCCUGUCACGACUGGAACUCCUGGGGCGCCGCUAUGGGCAUUGGGAGUGUGGGAGGGCGGUAUAUUGUCGAGUACGUCUUCUUUGUGCUCUUCUCCGUGCUCUUUGCAGCAUGCGCCAGUCUUUUGGUGCGCGAGUUCUCGCCGUACGCGAAGCAUAGUGGUAUACCCGAGAUCAAGACGGUCCUGGGCGGCUUCGUUAUCAGACACUUUCUGGGCGGAUGGACACUGGUCACAAAAACGGUUGGCUUGUGCCUCGCAGUCGCGUCAGGCUUGUGGCUAGGCAAGGAGGGUCCGCUGGUACACGUCGCAUGCUGCUCUGCGAACCUUUUCAUGAAACUCUUUGGUAAUGUGAACGGCAAUGAAGCACGGAAACGAGAAGUGUUUUCCGCAGCGGCUGCAGCGGGUAUCUCGGUCGCUUUCGGUGCGCCCAUUGGUGGCGUGUUAUUCAGUCUUGAGCAACUCUCAUAUUACUUCCCGGAUAAAACCAUGUGGAGCAGCUUCGUCUGCGCCAUGGUUGCUGCUGUUACUCUGCAGGCUUGCAAUCCAUUCCACACCGGGAAACUUGUGCUGUACCAAGUCACGUACCAUAGCGGAUGGCAUGACUUCGAGUUGGUCCCUUUCGCAUUCCUCGGAAUCUUGGGCGGACUUUUUGGGGGCUUCUUCAUCAAGCUCAACAUGGGCGUUGCUGAGUGGCGCAAGAACCGACAGUAUCUCAAAGGUCCCGUGACAGAGGUGGUCAUCGUAUCCUUCGUCACAGCACUCAUCAACUUCCCCAUCAAAUUCAUGCGCGCUCAAGCGUCCGAACUCGUACACAUCUUAUUUGCCGAAUGCGCCGACCUCGCCGAGGAUACGCUGGGCCUAUGUAAAUCGGGCAAAGCAAACACAGGAGUCAUUGCACUCUUACUUAUCUCCUCAGGACUGGGCAUAAUACUUUCGGGCUUCACCUUCGGCCUGCAGAUACCUGCUGGAAUUAUCCUCCCUUCUAUGGCCAUCGGAGGGCUCUUUGGCCGUGCUGUGGGACUUUCUGUCGAAGUUGUUCAGGCGGCCUGGCCAACGCUCUUCGUUUUCAAGUCGUGCGAACCAGACGUACCCUGUGUAACCCCAGGAACAUACGCUAUCGUCGGUGCCGCAUCCGCACUUGCCGGAACGACACGUAUGACAGUUUCAAUCGUAGUCAUCAUGUUCGAACUUACCGGAGCGCUCACCUAUGUCCUGCCUAUCAUGAUUGCAGUCAUGAUAAGUAAAUGGAUUGGCGAUGCAAUCUCUCCACGUGGUAUCUAUGAGUCCUGGAUACACUUCAAAGGCUAUCCUUUUCUUGACAACCGCGAAGACAACGGUUCCAGCAUUCCAGAUGUUGGCGCCGGUUAUGUAAUGACGCGCAUCGAAGACUUGACUGCGAUUACUGCGACUGGCCAUACUAUCGGAUCGCUGCGCCAGCUUCUAUCUCAACACAGAUUUCGUGGCUUUCCUGUCAUAGACAAUAGUCGUGAUGCACUUCUACUCGGUUACAUCUCCAGGACCGAAUUGCAGUAUGCACUCCAACUUGCCUUGACGCCUCCCCGUACCUUGGCUGCCGAAACAGAAGCGUACUUUUCUCACCAACCUCUCUCCGAUCCUGCAACAUCACUAGACCUUCGACCUUGGAUGGAUCAAACGCCCAUCACACUCAACGCUAGAGCCAGCUUUCAGCUUACAGUAUCCAUGUUCCAAAAGCUUGGUCUACGCUAUGUUUUGUUUACGGACCGAGGUAUGCUGAAGGGCUUGCUUACCAAAAAAGACGUGUGGUACGUAAUGAACGGUGUUGACGAAGAGCGCGAAGAAGGUGGUGCAGGGGUGGGGGUGAGAGGAGGUCUUAGGCAGGAGAGUGAUGACGACGAAGAGAGCGAAGAAAGAGGGUUACUCGGUACGCCAGAAGAGGAACACGAUGACUUCAUUGGCGCGCACGAUAGAUAGCCGUGUGUAGAAGCUGUAGCACCGCGUUCCACACGCGUACAUGGACAGUGUAGUUUUCGUCAGAACAAAGUCUAAACUCUAAUUGUGUGAUGAG